AGUUUAUCCCUGAAACCCCGCCAUUUUCUAAGACCUUGAGCUCGCCGGGUCGCAAGAAAACCGUUAGAGAGGUGAACGGUCCAGCACGAAUCGAAUUCUCUCACUGCCUGCGUAUGUGCUCGUGCACCUCCCAAUGGUGUAGGCUGGUGAAGAACGCCCCCCUCUUUUCUGGGGAAAGUUUCUUCAUCUCUCCCCCUGGAUCAACCCGCAAAAUUCAUCCGGUGCCUCUCUUAUCAUCUUGAUUCGAGCGUGUGAUUUGUCUGGCUUUUUUAAAUAGAGGUGCAUUAUCUGUUUGAUUCCUUGUGGACGGUUUCCCGGUUCGGGGCUGACAUUAGAAACUUACUCACGCGGGUUUCGCAAAUCCUUUUGCCAAUGGGGUGAUGAAGAGUUUUGUUAGCUGUAGUCAGUGAUUUGGAUAUGCAUGCACAAGGCCAUUGUCCUGAAGGAAAUGAAGUCUCAGGGUCACCUAUAGUUGGUUAGUUGGUACCGAGAUUCGAAGUUCAAUAUGAUCGAUUGAAUAGCAAGAUAUAAGAGCUUGGAGAUGCAAGCCGUGGAGACGAUAGGCAGGUACAUAUCGCAAGGUGUGUACAUUGUUUCCGGCCCCUUCCAUCCAUUCGGUGGAGCAGUAGACAUUAUCGUAGUUGAACAGCCUGAUGGUACUUUCAAAUCCUCUCCUUGGUACGUCUGCUUCGGGAAAUUCCAGGGGGUUUUGAAGACAAAAGAGAAGAUUGUCAAAAUAUGCGUCAAUGGGGUCAAGGCGGACUUCCACAUGUAUCUUAACCAUAAAGGGCAAGCCUACUUCCUCAAGGAAGCGGAUGAAGAAGAAGGGGAAUCAUACGAGAAAUUUCCUUCGGGUGGAGAGAGAGGAGGGCAUUCCUGGGUGAUGUCGGGAAGUCGCAGUUUUGAUUCUAAAGGGUCUACUCUGCGUGACGCAGGAAAUGAGAACAUUAUGGCCAGAAGUCGUUCUUGCCAAUCACGAGCUUCUGGGCUUGUUUCAGAAUGCAGAUCGAUGGGGACUGAUGGUCCCAGGCAACAAGAGGUUGGCGUUGGUGUCAUAAGGAGAGGUCCAUUAGAGAGCGCAGAGAUUGCAGCUGAACUUCUGGAGUUGAAUUGGUCCAUCUCUUUCAAGUUCAGGAAAAGAUUAUCUCCUGCAUUUGCUCCUGCUACUUUUGACAGUAAAAUUGUUAAUGUGGAUGAGAAGCCAAGUUGCAAGGAGUCCCUCGUCCACAGUAACCCAGAAAGCAGUUUAACGGAUGGCCCAUCGCAUGAGGAAGCUGCUUCCUGCAACAUGAGUGUGCAGUCUGUUGAAAAUACGGACUUCACUGUCCAGUGUGCUAAUGGAAAACUUUCAUAUUUGAAUGGCAUUGCAGAGGGCAUUGCUACAUCCACUGGAGGCAGUCAUAUAUUGAAGGAGCAAACAUAUGGAGUUCAUUCCUUCACUGUUGAAACUUCGGAGAACUUAUGUGCCUCUAGCAAGCGAUCCAAUCAAAUAUUGCACCAUGAUAGCACAGAAACCAGGGAUGUCCAUCCGGAAGCAGUACUGAUAAAUAACAAUAGCAUUGCUGAGUCCUGUAUGCAGGAAUUUAUGGAGAUGCGCCACGGAGAUACAAUCACAAUACUGGAAACUUUUGAUCCAGUUGACACCAGCAUCACAUAUGGUUCCGUCAAGCAAACAGAAUCGCCAAGCAUCUGUAGCGUCUCCAUUUUCAGUGGCAGGAUUAGCCAAGCAGGUCAAAACAGUUCUACUGAUGAAACAAGCAAGUUCCAACUCAGUUCAGAGACUGACAAUAACAAUGGGUCAUAUUGUGGUUUUCUUCUGACAAAAAAACCCAGUUUUCCGACAGAAGAUAAUUCAACUGGAGAAUUUCCUUUGGGUGGCCUUGAUGAGUCCAAAGUCAGUGAGGUCACUCCAGGGGAAGAUAUAACAUUGGUUCCUGUUGACAAAGAAAGAAAUCUCUCAUUGAAUCCACAGUGCUUCUUUGAGACGGCAGGCAUGUUAAUUUAUGUGAAGAAUGAGUUGCUUGUUAUAUCAGACAACUUUGACCGAUCAAUUGAUGCUGAAUAUGCAGACGAAAGGUCAAGAACCAUUUCAGUUUCCACUGAGAUUGCCAGAAGUGGUAAGACCGAUGAGACGCAACUCGGACAUGAAGCACAAUCCUUGCCUAACAUGAAGUCCGAAUUCGACAAUUUGGAUGCACAUGGCUGGCAUUAUCCCCUAAGCCACUCUUUGGAUUUGGAUUCUGAGUUUGAGAAUCUGCCAUUGCCGAACAGAGAGGACUCUGACAUCAGGAAUACUGGUGUCCGCAAUGAAGAAGCACCUGUUUCCAAGCAGAUACAGGAACAGAUGGGUGCUGAUGCUGCUUCUCCUUUCCCUAAUGGCCAAUUAGCCGAUGAUGAAUCUAGUUCACUUAGGCUUGAUCCUGAGCAUGCUUCAAAGAGUGUUGAUGGUACGGAUAGAGAUCAAACUUCACCAAAGCCGAAGUAUAGGAAAAAGAUGUUCAGGGUGAAUACCCCGACAUCUGAACAGGUGGCAUCACUGAACUUGAGGGAAGGGAGUAACACGAUUACCUUCACCUUCUCCACAGCAAUGCUGGGGGAGCAGCAGGUUGAUUGCAAAAUCUAUCUAUGGAAAUGGAGUGAUCGUGUUAUUAUUUCCGAUGUCGAUGGCACCAUUACCAAGUCUGACGUUUUAGGACAGUUCAUGCCUUUGGUUGGGGUAGAUUGGUCACAUACAGGUGUUGCACGUCUCUUUUCGGCUAUUAAGGAAAAUGGAUAUCAAUUGCUUUUCCUUAGUGCGCGUUCCAUAACUCAGGCUUAUCUGACUAGGCAAUUUCUAUUCAACCUUAAACAGGAUGGCAAUGCCUUGCCAGAUGGACCUGUUGUAAUAUCUCCUGAUGGAAUUUUUCCUUCUUUAUUUCGAGAAGUUGUGAGGAGAUGUCCUCAUGAAUUUAAGAUAGCAUGCUUAGAGGAUAUCAAGUCAUUGUUUCCCUCAGAUUGCAAUCCAUUCUAUGCUGGUUUUGGAAACAGAGACACAGAUGAAAUCAGCUACCUCAAAGUUGGAAUACCAAAAGGAAAAAUUUUCAUAAUCAACCCCAAGGGUGAGGUUGCCGUGAACCAUCAUGUUAACACAAAGUCAUAUACAUCUAUUCAUGCUCUCGUUAAUGACAUGUUUCCGGCGAUGACUUCACGGUCCUCACCGGAGCAGGAAGACUAUAACUCAUGGAACUUUUGGAAACUGCCUUCUCCUGCUAUUGACAUAUGAAGUGGUGUUCCAUGCAUUUUAGAGGCAGACCCAUUUGAUGUUAGCCAUCUCAUUGUUGAAAUCUAGCAAUUGUUAUCUCAGAUACUACGGUGGAAGUUCAGGUUGUUCUCUGACGUUUAACCCUGUGAUAUAUGGAAUCAUGGAUGAUACUGGUUCUUAUUCAGUCUGAACAUUUUCAACAAUUUCAGUAUCAUAAGAAAUGGGAAAUCAAGAAUCAACCAGGAAUGUCAGUUAGAAGAUGAAUCACCAGAGAAGAUCAGUUUAAAGGAAGAUGGGGCACCCUAUCUGGCAGUUAACUGUAUUGUAUACUCGAGUCUCAGAGCCUUCGGCUUCGCUCAUGUAAAUAAUCAUGAUACACGCUUCAAAAGCUGCUGGAAAAGAGCUGCAGGUCUCUGUUACAUGCAGCCAUUCACGGAUUUAUCAUCUUGAUCAAUAGCUGCUUUCGCCUGCCUGAGAUUCAUUUCUUCUGGUGAAGAUAUCUUCUCUUCAUUGUCAUAGACUUUUAUAUGACGUACCUGUUGUAAUCAUGUACAAGAAAUUAAGUCUUUUUGAGAUUCUCAGCAUUCCAUUCCAGCA